GUGACGGCGCGGCCGGGCGCAGUGAGACGGUGCGCGGUGCCGCCGUGGUGCGGAGUGGUGCGGAGUGGUGCGCGCAGGUGGCUGGUGCGGGCCGCCAGGCCUCGGUCGCUGUGGAGGGGUGUCUCAAGGGAGGGCGGCGUUCCGCCUAGGUCAGCGGGAGUCGGUUACAGUUGCACACCUGUCGAUCUGCAGUGACGCACGGACGAGCACACGCGGAGCAUCAAGGGUUGCCGCCGACCGCACGCGGAAGGCGGCACCAUGCAGUACGUGAAGCUGCUGCCGCACAAGGUGAUGCGCCGCUACCUGCUGGUGGUGGUCGUCUGGACGCUCUGCUGCUACGCCGUCUACAGGUUCACCGGCAUCGAGAGUCACAGGCGGUACCUGGCGUCGAACGUGAACACGCGCCAGAUCCUGCAGAACAUGCUGGAGACGACGACGGUGCCCGUGCCGCUGCAGAAGCUGCUGGAACUGCGGCCGCUGAUCGACACGUCGCCGGCCCUCUCCGAGAAGGAGGUGCUCAACAGCAUGCGCAGGGACGUGCCCAACCUGCCUGUCGACUACUGGCUGGCAAUGAAGGGUAAGGCGACCCAAAAGAACAAGACGUGCGCCAAGCUGCCGGCGGUGUACGACCUCAAGUUCAACAACAUCUACUGGCAGGUGCUGGAGACCAGCAACGGAACGUACAACUUCUACGCGGCCUACUACGACAACCGGCCGACGCUGUCGAUCGGGCCGCUGGUGCGAAUCAUGGUGAUGAUCGACCGCAUCAAGCCAACACUGAAGACCUACUGCCAGAUGUGGUUUAGUGGCCAGACGGCGCCGGUCAUCAUGCCAGUCAUGGAAUAUAAGUACGUGUGGAACGAAAAGUGGGGCAACUUCAAACAGGGCAUCAUCCAGCCAUACCUGAUGGCGUGCCAGGUGCCGGCGAGUCACCGCAAGCUGGUGCCGCAGGCGGUCACGGUGGUCGAGAGUCCGUGCAACACGUCCACCGUGGCGCUGCGGGUCAUCAACAACCGGCCGCCGGAGGGGCAGCCGCCGCAGGACUUCGCCGUCUGCGUCAAGGGCCUGUCGUUCCCCGACAACGACCUCUCCGUCCGGCUGGUGGAGUGGCUGGAGACGCUGCGCGUGCUCGGCGCCAAGAAGGUGUUCCUGUACGAUCUGGAGGUGCACCCGAACAUCUCCAAGGUGCUCCGCUACUACGAGCGCCAGGGCCUGGUAGAGGUGACGCCACUGACUCUGGCCGGCGAGCAGCCCAACCUGUCCGUGUUGCAGCGACUCUACCUGCGUAAGAAGGUCACCAACAAGCGUCAAAGCGAGCUGGUACCGUACAAUGACUGCUUCUACCGCAACCUGUACCGCUACAAGUACGUGGCGCUGCUGGACACGGAUGAGGUAAUCAUGCCGACUGGGCAUCGCGACUGGGCUGAGCUCAUGGCCUCCAUCGCGCCGCGCGCCGACACUGAAGCUAAGAAGAAGAACAAAGUGGUUGCCUCGUACAACGCGCGCAAUGUCUACUUCUUCGACGUGCAGGACCACGAGCACACCUGGCAGCCGGACAUCCCGCACUACAUGCACAUGCUGCAGCACGUGAAGCGCAGCCUCAACUACACCAAGCCGGGCCACUACAUCAAGUGCUUCCACCGUACAGACCGGGUGAUCGCGCUGCACAACCAUUUCCCGCUGGCGUGUCUCGGCGGCUGUCUGUCCUACAGCAUCAACACCAGCGACGCGCAGCUGCAGCACUACCGCGCCGACUGCGUGGGCCCGCUCAGGAAGACGUGCGAGCUCGAGUACAAGAAGAACGCCGUGGUGGACACGUCCAUCUGGCGCUUCAAGGAGGAGCUGAUCACGCGCUCCACGCGCACGCUGGUGACGCUCGGCUUCCUGCCGCCGGAGGGAGGCCGGCUGGCCGAGCUGUAUGAGUCGGCCCGCUCGGCGCACGCGGGCCGCGCCGAGUCGCUGUCGGCCCAGUCGGCACCCGACGCGGCCACCGAGGCCCAGAGCGAGUCAGACGUUCGGUAGUGCGCUGGGACGACCCGCCUACAGGGUAGCCUAGCGUUGUGUUCUAAACCAGCUGUGAUGUAGCCGUGGAACCCGGACUGAGGUCGCCAUCAAGUGGCAGGGAACGUUCCUGCAGUGAACGUGCUUCGCGUGACCGGGUGGUCACAAUAUCGCGGCUGAGCGGAGCGGGAACCUUGGACGUUGCUCAGUAUUUGAUUGUGAUUAUGUUGGUUGAUCGUGGCUUCUCUUUCGAAUGUCAGAAGGGGUGCUGUUUAUGUUUCGCCGCGAUUUCUAGUGCUUUGUGAACUUCGCAUUGCUUUAGUUAUUAUAGGAGUGUUUGCUUUCUCUGGAGGCUGUUGACAUUGUUACACAUUGUUUGGGUUCUUCUGUCCCGAGGGUCCUGGCUGGCUUCGAUCAGACAGUGAUCUAAUCCGAGUGCUGUUGUCGCCCGUUUUGUCCGCGUCAUUUUUGUGCGAUGUUUACUCGUUUGUAUUGAAUAUGUAUAUCUGAAGUCUGAACCGCACGCGGCUUAGUCACGCUUUUCGGCGUCCGAAACACCUGACGUUCCGUUCGCAGUGGCAACAUUUGUGUGCGUUUGAAGCGAAGGAAAUGAUGAUGCUCGAUAUGGAUGUGCACUGUGCGUAUGUAGCGUGAGACAUGUGUGUUUGUUGUGCUAGGCGUCUGUACUCUAGAGGUGCUCGUUAUCUGUGGUCCAUUGAGAGGAGUGUUAUCUGCACACAGUCUGGUGAUAGCAGUCUGACCGACCGGUCCCCGACCUCGACCCUGGCCUGUCGCGCUCACCGUGACCCGUUCGGCUCGCCAGCUGGACCAGUUUCCAGCCCGCCCGCCGGGCGGGGCCGGGCCGGCUCUGACCCGUCUAAUGGGAGCCGGUGGGCGAGCCGGCCGAUGAGCGGACUGGUCUCGCGCCGACCCGCUGUUCGGACUGUCAGACAGGUGGCCGGUGGGCCGGUCUGGGCGUGGGCCGGCGGCGGGCGGAGCAGCGGGGCCGGCCGCGGGUCGUGACGGCGGGAUGCGGGCUGACGCGGUCGGGACAGGCGCUGUGGCAGUCCGUGUCUGUCUUACGAGCAGUGAGGCGCGCGUGUCCUCCGCCACCGCGUCGGGCGUCACGCGAGAUCCAUCAUUCAUUGUUUGGUGCCGCCGGUGCGAGGCACCCUGUCGCCCUGGUGUCAAGACGCGCUCGCCUGUCGUCCUGUCAUGCGGCGGACAUGUGAUUUGGUGACUCCCGUGCCCCUCGUGUCCUGUUGUUCCCGCGAUAUCCUUCUGUGUCAAUUUAUGAACGCUAGAGUGUCUGAGAUCCAACAUAUCACAUGUGUCUAUAGGGGACGGCGGAAUUGAGCAUUACUGCGCCGUGCUUGCAUACGAGAUCAGUGCGUGGCGACCUUUGUGAUAUGCCACAGGGCUAGAUUGGGGGCGAUGCUGCCACGAAGCGCAUGUGCAAAAUUGUGGAGCAUGGGAUGUCGAAGCAGCUCGAUCAUGUUAUGUGUCUUGUGAUAAAGCUUGGAAACCAUGGGAGCUUACAGCGCGUUGCGUUGUUGGGUGUCAUUAUAUUUAUCUAUUUCGAUGACCGGUGCCAGGAGACGAUAAUUUAUAUUUUCCUUAUUUCGACCUCAAAGUUUACUGGAAGUGUACCUAUACCUACUGCUUUUGUGAGAGCGUUGGCAAAAUAUAUUUCGUUAUUUGAG